UCGCGUAGUGCGUCUCAGAAAACUAUCCUUGUCGACAUAACACACGUACACGUACGCACACAGACGCGUACAUGAAAUCGAAUUUUAAAACCAGGGGAAAACUGAAACUGUCGCGGCGGUGAGACCAUAUAUACACGUUAGACAUUUCUUAUUUUGCGUUAAUGUGGUCACGGAUCGAAACUAGUGCACGAUUCAUUGUCGAGGAAGAAGCUGGUGGUUGUUUUGAGGCUGGAGUGUUACUCGAUUAGAAUGGUUGCGAGUGUCGCGCGCAUCGCUGGCAACCCGUGCAGUGUUGUCGCGCAGCCAAAAUAAAAUCGGCGGUAGCCGUUCCUUGGGAACUGCCAGUGGACGAAUGUACUUCGCUAUUCGCUGUUUAACGCAGGCAGGACCAAGCUAUGUGGAAUUGCCCGCUCUUUUAUCUCUACGAAGACUAUGGGUGUCAUAGCCCUCUGAUGUGUAUCCCGGUAUUUUAAAAACGAUUCAGCUCCACCGAGCUGAAAAGUGUUUUGCUUGGCUAUUACACGCGUUAACCAUUCACCUUCUGCGUUUUUCUUCUCUCUUCGUCAGUCAUAACUGAUUCAGUUUGGAUCACACGCUGCUCUAGGAAAAAAAAAUAAAGUUUCGUCUAGGAAAAAUUGCCAAGGCAACACGCGAUUCAUCGUGCUGUCUUCAACAACCUUUAUCCGCCCUGACGUGAUUCGCCCGGUUUGCCCGCCACAGGACGGGUUAUGUUUCCCACUUUCAUCGGAAUCCUAGACAUUCAAUCGUGGUGGGAGGUGCCAAGUAUAGCACACUUCUGCUCAUUAUUUAGGGCUGCCUUCAAUCUCCUGGACUUUGAUAUUGAGGAUUUAGAAGAAGCUUUGUUAACGGAUGGUGGAACCGAGGGACGUUUAGUACAGGAGCUAAUAGUCAGGUUACUUGAAGGUUGUUUACCAAAUGACACGCGCAAUGACAUCUCAACCUUUAACUAUCAGAUGUUUCUUCGUAGACUUUUUAGAAAGAAAUGUCAGGAAUACAAAUGUGAAAAUCCUUUUAAUACAGAUGUAGAUUUUGAGUUACUACCACUCCGUCAAAAAGUAGAAAUUUUACGUGCUCUCUGCGACUUUCGGCUUGACGCUGAAGACGUGGAGCAAUCAUUAGGUAAUUUGGACUCGGAUAGCCUGCGAGUCGAACCUUUAGGACAUGAUCGUAAGAAUUCUGCCUAUUGGUACUUUUACGGCACUCGAUUAUAUAGGGAGGACUACAUUGAUACUUCUAACAGCAUCUCGCACAAACAGAAAAGUAAGCCUAGGGAUAAAAAGCGUAAAAGACGACGAAACAGAGUGGCGAAGGAGGAAGAGGAAGAGGAGGAGAAGAAGGAGGACAGUUUAAUACACGGGAAAGCAAAAGAAAGUGUUUGGCAGGUUGUCUGCUUUACUCAGCAGGACUGGAGCCGUCUAGUUGAAAAAUUUCGUGAUUCGGAGUACGAUACCGAACGUAAACUUUACCGUACUCUGUCCGAGGAUUUCAUGCCUGAAAUCCCGAAACUUUUUGAUUUAAAAGAAAAACAGCAAAGGCGCAAAUUGUUACAACGUAAUAGUUCGCGUGUACUUCGAAGUCACGAACCAACGACACAGAUGGAAACAGUCAUGGUUAGAUCGAAGAUCAAAACUAAAACAAACAAAGGGAGUAAAAAGGGGACUCAGAAUUCAAAGAAUGUUUAUGUUAAAGAGGAGACACCUCCACCCUUACCUUCACCGCCGAUUCAAAAAAAAGGACGGCAAACUAAUAAUUCGUUGGCUUCAGCUGUUGGUCAAAUUGUGAUUCACACUAGGGACGAAGUGGAGGGAUUAGAAAAAAAGAAAGGCAUUGGAAAUAAUAGCGAUGGAAAUUAUGUAUCCUCUAAUUACGGAUAUAAAUACGGUUACUCGUUUGGAAUUGAGGAAGAAGAACGUCGAGUUGGAAUGCACAAAGUUCUUGAAAGUCUCAAAGAUCAUGUGGAUGCUUGGCCAUUCAUUGACCCUGUGGAUGAAGAAUAUGCCCCAAGGUACUAUAGCGUGGUGCGAAAACCUAUGGACCUUAGUACAAUGGAGGAGAAACUUGAAAAUGGUUUAUACAAAAGUUUAAGUGAAUUCAAACGUGAUUUUCGACUUAUAGUAGAUAAUUGUAGGCAAUAUAAUGGCUCUGAUAAUGAGUACACAGAAAUGGCAUUUAACCUUAAGGAAGCAUUUGACAAAGCAGUGGGACGUUACUUAGAAUCGGAAACAUCUAGCGACGAGGAUCCUUCGUCACCGAAGUCGUUUCUUGCUACUCCCGCAUCUCCGUCGUGUCCUUCUCGCAUUUCGUCUCCUCAUCAGAAUAGAAAACGUUCGAAAAAAUCUACGAAAAAAUCGAAAUCAUAUAAAUCUGAAAGCAAAGGAAAAUCUAAAGCGAAUGAUAAGAACGACGAAGAAGAAAAACGGGGCAAAAAUUAUAAACUUCCGAAGAAAAAAAGAGGUAAGAAGAAGAGUAAAAGAGCAAAGGACGAAGAAUCAGUAAACGAAGAAGAACAAGAAGAGCAAGAAAGCGAGGAUGCAAUGUCUGAAUCGAGUGUCAUAACAGCAAAAAGAAGGAAACACGUUGACGAAAAUAAUUUAUUGUUAAAAACCAAAAAGCUAACAUCCAAAGAAUCAGAGGAGUUUAAGAAGAUAGAUAAAAAAGUUAAUAAAGAACGUCAUCAACAAAAAAAGGAAGCGGAAAAUGUGCGGCCGAUGAAAGAAUCGAAAGAGAAUAAGAAGCGAAAAGAAGACUUCGAAGAAGAUUAUGAGCCCCUAGUCGUCGUAAAAAGUAAAAAUAGGAAAAUCGAGAAGAAGGAACUCGAGGAGACGGAAGUAUUUACAGAUAACGCGAAGAAGAACAAAUUGAAGAAAACCGAAUCUCACGAAAAUGAACCAUUACCGGAGAAUAAAGAGAAAACGCAGCAUAUCAAAGUUAAGAAGAAUCGAAAGAAGGAAAAGACGGGGUUAAAGGCUUUUAAAUCUGACGAGAAGUCUGAAAAAAGCCGUAUUAAGGAUAAAGAGAAAAAAUCAAAACAGAAAAACGAUGAACUUAAAAACGGAGAGAUAUCAAGUGAAAUAGAUUCCAAAGAUUUAGAUUUAGAAAGCGAUGUAGAUUCAAAAGAAACACAUACGUCUAAGAAAAUUCCUGCAUUUAUAGGUGAUAAAGAUAUAGAAUCGUUGGAUGGUUUAAAAGAUAAAAUAAGCGAGAGGAGGCGAGAGGAGAAAUUGAAAAAUGAGAAGGAGAAACAGAAGAAAACUGGAAAAAACGACCUUCACAAUAUGUAUUCAAAAAAAGUGCCUUCAAAUGGUAGUACCUUUCAUGACAGCGAUAAAUCCAGCGUAAAACGACCAAAGUUGAAAAAGGGAAUAAAAGAAGAAAAAGUUCCUAUCAUGGAAGAUCCUGUCAAGACUCAAGACCAAGAAGUCGCUGAGACUAAGAAAGUAAAAGUAGCUCAGUCGAAACAUACCAAAGGAUUUGGAAAAGAAGAAAGCUCCAUGCAAGCAUUGAAUCAGGCAACAGAACAGACGCUUCAUGAUAUCAACAAAUGGUUAGAUGACGCACCAAGACUCUCUGAAUUUUCUUCAGGAAGUGAUUCUCCAAUAUUUCAUUCUUCGUCCGUCGAAUCUGGCCGAUCAGGUCCAAAAGUAGAAGCACCAAGGAAACGACCAAGUUCCAUCAAAAUCUUCGGUCCUCACGGACCUAGCAGGCCCAAAAAGAUCCAACGUACGAUAGAUCGCUUACAACCUGGAAAAAGUAAGGGAAAUUUGCUUCUAAAAAAACCAUUGAACUUACCUAACGUUAAUGCUGCUGAAAUGACUGUGCAAUUGACCAGCGACAAUGAUCAAACAAACAAGAACACGGAGGAAGAACCAAAACUUAGUUUAGGAACUGUUUUGAAAAAUGUGGAUUCCAUACAGUUAAUUUGUAAAAGUUUAGUUUCCUCGCCCAAUCCCAAUUUUUCUAACGACGAUGAAGAAGAAGACCACAAUACUCUUCCUGCAGUUCCGGUGUCUAGUCUUAGAGAAGAGAAAACAUCCGGAAUAACGACAACGCAAACACCUGCCAUUGUAGAAGAGUCUAAAGAUAAUCAAUCUAACGCAAAGGACACGCAGAAGCCCAAAACAGCAACACCAAAUUUGAGUGCUUGGUUUAAAGCAUUCGGAGCGCCAAAGUCGAAGAAGAAAGACGAAGAGUCGGAGGAUGGUAUAACGAAGAAGGAUGGUGAAUUGCAGGAAGUGUUUUGUGGUAGACAAAGAAGAAUGAGUACCGGUGGCAGUAGUGUAAGUGAAUCUGUUUCGAGUUUCUCCCAGGAGUCACCACCUGGACGUUCAGGUCGAUCUCCGCAAGGUCAACCGAUAAUGGCUUCGGUCGAGCCACAGAUUAGAGGAGCCGGAUUCUAUCAGGACGCUUUAUCAACAGGAAGUAGCCCUUACAAUAGUCCCUAUUAUGCUACACCUCCAAGAUACAGCGCUCAAUUACCCCCCACUCCAUCCCCACAAAAUCAUCCGUUAUCUCCAGCCUAUCCAUCAUCAUCGUACGAACAGGCGCCUCUUUAUUCCCAGAUACCGACCCAACAGUCGCAUCAAACGUUUCAGAAAUCACCUCAAGAAAAUUCUGGGGAGAUAUAUCAUCAGUUAUCACCCACAUUUCCUCAGCGAUCUCCUCAAACUAAUUUUCCUCAGAAUUUGACACAAAACGAGUCAUAUAAUCAACCAUUGCAAUCUUCUAAUCAGAGUCAAUCUCCUGUUUAUUCACAGCAUUCACCACAACCCAUACAACAGAUAUAUCCUCAACCUUCUCCGCAGCCACCACCAUCGAAUUAUUCUCAACCAUCUCCUCAGCAACCAUCUACUCCUAAAUAUUCACAACUAUCUCCGCAACAAAAUGCUGCCAAUUAUUCUCAGCCAUCUCCGCAAGCUGCUAAUUAUUCUCAACCUUCGCCUCAGCAACCGCAUUCACCUUACUCUCAGGCAUCUCCCCAAGCACCGCCAAAUUAUUCUCAACCAUCUCCACAACAACAACCUUCUCCAUAUGCACAAUCUCCACAGCAGUCGUCUGGAUACUCCCAGAUGUCUCCUCAACCACCACCAUCAAAUUAUUCUCAACAAUCGCCACAACCACCUUCCAAUUACUCUCAACAAUCGCCACAACCACCUUCCAAUUAUUCUCAGCCAUCGCCACAACCACCAUCCAAUUAUUCUCAAGCAUCACCUCAACCACCUUCCAAUUAUUCUCAACCAUCGCCACAGCCACCUUCCAAUUAUUCUCAGCCAUCACCACAGGCACCUUCCAGUUAUUCUCAACCAUCGCCACAGCCACCUUCCAAUUAUUCUCAACCAUCGCCACAGCCACCUUCCAAUUAUUCUCAGCCAUCGCCACAGCCACCUUCCAAUUAUUCUCAACCAUCGCCACAGCCACCUUCCAAUUAUUCCCAGCCAUCGCCUCAACCUCCUCCAGUGUAUUCUCAACAGUCUCAAUCUUCAAAUUUCUCACAUCCAUCACCUCAGACACAUUCUGCCAGCUACACGCAAUCCUCACCUCAACCUCUCACAACAGGCUACUCCCAGCCAUCGCCUCAACCUCGAAACUAUUCUCAACCUUCGCCUCAACAAAUCCAAACUUUUCCUCAACAUUCCCCACAAGCACCGCCUUCAUACUCUCAACCUUCUCCUCAGAAUGCAGCAUAUUCACAGCCUCAACAAUCGCCUCAGCAACCAGUUAAGUAUUCUCAGCCUUCUCCUCAACAACCUGCCAAUUACUCACACUCGAUACACUCGCCUCAAACGCCACAAAAUUAUUCGCAGUUGUCUCCUCAGCAACCACCGCCAAGCAACUACUCUCAGCCUUCACCAUCGCCUCAGCAAUCCCGAAACUACUCUCAAACGUCUCCAUCGCCUCAGCAGUCCCGUAACUAUUCCCAACCAUCACCAUCUCCUCAACAAUCACAUACUUACACUCAACCAGCGCCAUCGCCUCAGCAAACCCGCAAUUACUCUCAACCGUCACCUCAGCAAAAGUCCGCAUGCACAUCACAGGCGUCGCAAUCUUCGCAACAGCCUUCGAAUUACUCGCAACCGUCUCCACAACAAAGUACAAACUACAGUCUACAGCAACCACAACCACAAUCACAAAAGAGCUCAGAAGAUUAUCCACAAGCUGCGUCGGCGCCUUCAAAUUAUUCUCACGGAUAUAAACAGAACCAUUCAUAUAUUCAGUCUUCAGUAUCGUCAACAUUAAACGAAACAGAACACCGGACUGAUUACUUGAAAUCUAGUACUACAGAGAAGUCUUCGAGCACGGAGCAGCAGAGGAAUUUUGCUGUACCACCGGAGGCUGCAUCGUUAAACCUAAAUGCGAAUCAUCAGAUUUAUCAGUCACCAAACCAGUACCCACCAACGUUUGGCAAUAACUAUCCUAAUAUCGACCUCCAGAGGUCUGUUUCGAGGCACGGCGGUCAGGAACAGUCACAACAACAGCAACAAACGUCCCAGGAGCGGCCUAGUUUCACCGACCUCAGCAAUUCUCUGAACACUCAGAAGUACGCUCAACAGCGGUCGUUCCUUGGUAAGACGUCGAGUACCAGCGAACAGCUCUCAACGCAAGAUCAGUCGCAAAUCCUAGCAUUCCAACAAAAUCUGACAACUCAUGAAUCUCUUUAUCCUAGUGGUUUCCAAUCGUCUGGUUAUCCGAUGCCAAAUUCUAGACCCGUGUAUCCAAGUCCACAUUACUUCGAUGCCAGUUCAAAGGCUGCGACUAACAGCGGACCGGUGAACAGCUCGACCAGUAAUUUGCCUCCAGUGAAGAAACGAAUUUACAAUGAAUCGUCUACAGAGGCGUCUCGCGGUUUGACGCAAGAAACGGCAGCGAGAACGGGCCAGGAACAAUUUAGCUUCGACCCCAUAAUGGCAUUGCCGCAACCUGAAGCAGUUUCAGCUAGUCAAUUCGACACUGCGUUUGUCGGCAACCUAGCCGAUUCCGUAGCGACGAAUCCAGCGUAUGCACGUCUAGGCCUAGGUUUGGUCAGCCGUACUGGUAAAGAACAACAACAGUUGUUGACCAUUCCUCGACCACCACAGACGAAGCCAGAACACCUGGCGUACGCCCGUAGUCCAGCAUCCGGCGCAGCGGAAAUAGAUCUGAACUUGCUUCAAAGUUUGCAGACGGCAGCAGCGAAGAAUACACAGGGUAUUCUGUCAAUGUCGUCGUCUCGCAGAGGUGGAGAAGCGUCUAGUAGUUCUACGCCGACACCUGUGAAAACGAAAAAGAGCAGAAAGAGCAAACAGCAACAGCAAGAGCAACAAAACGUAACAAGCGUCUCGUCGGCGGUUAGCACGGAACCACAAUCUGGUACAGGUAUACCUGGUUUUCCACAAUACACGGGAACAUCAGCUGACUCGAUUGGUCUAAAGAAUACCACCAUGGUUCCACCAGCUGGGAGUGCCUUUAAUUUCGCUGCGUCAACCAGUACCACGACCAGUUCACCUUUCUACGAUAAAGACGCAUCAGCUGCAGCGGCUGCGUUCGCAUUUUUGGAUGAGUUUCGGAAUCCAAAUAGUUACUAUAGCAUGGCGCUCAGGCAACAGCAGCAACAACAACAACAGCAAGUUCCGCCAGUUACGGACGCCACGCAACAAGCCUGUAACAAGCUUAGCAAUCAACCGCCGAGAAAUUAUCCGCCUCACCCUUUCCUUCAUUCCGCUCAGAGAUCAGCAGCUUACGGGCCUCCUGUGUCUGCUUAUGUAACGCCUCAUGGGCCAAACUUAACGAUGGAUCCGACCGCUUAUCAACAGUACAUUCAUUCCCUGUACGCGCUUCAACCGCCGCCCCAUCAUCAUCGACCGUCCUGGCUUUAGCCGUUAAAAUCUUUGUAAUGGGCGUUUUGGAACGAUUGUAUGUGACAUUUCGGUGGAUAUACCGUCCCCAUCGAGAAGCUGGAGGAAAUGAUAUUUCGAAUAUGUUAUCUGUUGAUAGCAGUGGCAGUAGAUUUCUGUUUUACCGAACAAGUUGCGUUAGUGUUUUAUUCACCAUUCGGGUGAAAUGCGAUAAAAAAUUUUAUCGCGAUUGUAAAUAUUGUUUCGUCUAACUUUAUCUCGCUCUUCAACCGUAAUCAAGACUUUCUUCUUUCUAGGGAAAAGGAAACGGUAUCGAUAUUUUUCCCCUUUAAUCCAUGUGACUAGGCAUGAAGUCCUUGUGUAUUAUAGAAUGAUAAUGACCUUCCUAAUUUUUUUUCUUUUUCUUUUUUAAUGAAGCAAUUUAUUUAUUUUUCGUUUAUAUACGUAUAAUUCAGAAUGACUUCUUUUAUUUUCAUUAACAACUUUUUUAUUUUUUUUUUUAAGAAAAAUCUCGGUACUGUGAUAAGGGUGGAAGACUGUACUGAUUACUAUAUCCCUUGAGAUUGUCGAUGCACUACAGACUCGUGAAAGGUCAAACAGUAAAAAAGAAUGCGGUGCAAGAUUUUCGAUCAUUUAUUUUUUCUGAUCUCUCUCUUCUUUCUCCUUUUUUUCUUUUAUAAAUAUUAUUUUACUGAUUGACUAGCGAAUAACGGGUUUUUAAAAGCUCUCUGCGAGAUCAGGAUGUGUGGUCUUUCCACCGGCUUGUCUUUCCCAUUCGCGUUUGUUUCCUUUUUUAUUAAAAACCAUACGGAUCUUUGAAAUUUUUACACGAUAUAUCAGAACGAAAAUAGUUUACCUUUUCAAGGGUAUUCUAUUAUGUAGUCAUAUGUACAUAAAGAAUAAGCCUACUUAUUGUAGGAAUUUUUGAUAGUUUUUUUCUAAUAACUAGUCGACAGCUUAGACGUAAGUUGAGUCGCUAGUAGCUGGAAGUAACCUUCUAUCAAAAGUUCCUCUUAUCUAUCGCGCUCUCGAUGGCGUCUCGUUUUGUUUCUUAAUCUAUAUUGAGAUACGGAUUAUGCAAUAUUCGUUUUUUUUAACGUAAAAGAAAAGAAAAAUGAUGGCCCAUUUCAUAACUGUGCUCGUAAUUGUCUUGCCUGUGGAAAAUACAUUGUUCCCUCUCUUUUGUGUUCAAACAAAUAAAAAAUAAGAAAAAAUUUACUAGACAUGCAAGAAACAUAUAGAGAGAGUAUACGUGACGUCUGAUUUUCAAAAGAUUUCUGUAUGAUAUCGAGCGCACUGUUGCUGGCGUAUCUUGUGUAGAGUAUAUAGAUUCAUUAGUGUGUAAGCUAGAACAUUUGUUUCUUUGUAUAUAAAAUACAUAUCUCCUUCAUAGACGAUGUGCUCGAUGUAAAGAAAGAUUUACAAAGUCAAUGACCUUGUAGAAUCAUCUGCGGUAGAUUAAAAAGAAGAUGAAUAAAAACACAAUGGGAAAUUGUAGGGACAUAGACAAGGAUGAAAGAUGUAUGUACAUCGUGUGUAUGUGUGAGCGGACAUGAGUGUGCGUCGUAUCUCAUGGUCGAGGACGAAAUAAAGUGUAAUACGCCGCAAUCAUACAUUAACCCACCUUAUUGCUAAAAAACAGAAGGAAGCGGAAUAUUAAAAACUUAUAAAUAUAUACAUAUAUAUAUAUAUAUAUAUAUAUUGUAAAUGUAUAUUGUAAAUGUAUCUGAUGACAGAUUAAAGCACAGUUUGUUACAAA